CAUGGGUGGUCGGUGCGCACGACAGGGACAAUUCAGGACACGGGUGGUCGGUGCGCACGACAAGGACAGUUCAGGAAACUCACGGUAAGCGGCUUUCAGACCCUCAGCGGCAGGAUGCUCCAGACAGGGACGACCAGCGGUCAGCGUUCCAGGGACAACCAGCGAUCAGCAGACAGCAGCAGCUCCCCGGGCACUCAGCAGCGGACAGGUUCCAGGGACACGCAGCCAUGGACAGUGUGCGGGGUCCCUCAGCAGCAGCUCCCAGGGCACUCAGCAGCAGAUAGCUUCCAGGGACACGCAGCCACGUACAACGUGCGGGGUCCCUCAGCAGCAGCUCUCAGGGCACUCAGCAGCGGAAAAGGGUGCAGGGGUGCUCAGUAG